AUGUCCUCUUCAACACCUCCAUCAAGUCUCAGAACUCCACCGCCCGAAACGCCGAAUACAAUCAUCCUGUUCCCCACCCCAUCUAUCCUCCUGAUCGUCCUGAAUAACCCACGCGGGCUCAACUGCCUGUCGACCUCUAUGCACUGGGCCCUCGACGCUUUGUUCUCAUGGUAUGACAACGAACCUAGCUUACGCUGCUGUGUGAUCACGGGAAUGGGACGAGCCUUCUGCGCAGGCGCGGAUUUGAAAGAAUGGAACGAAUCGAACGCCCGGGUUGCUAAAGGUGGACAAGGCCAACGAGUCAUGCCGGCAAGUGGAUUUGGAGCUGUGAGUCGGCGUAGUGGGAAGAAACCUGUCAUCGGCGCAAUUAACGGGUUGGCCUUUGGUGGAGGCAUGGAGAUGGUUGCGAAUAUGGACUUGGUGGUCGCGGCCAAAGGGGCUCUGUUCAGUCUGCCCGAGGUCAAAAGAGGGGUGGUGGCUAUCGCAGGGGCCUUGCCGAGAAUCGUGAGGACGUUGGGACGACCUCGGGCUAUGGAGAUGGCAUUGACGGGGAGGAAUGUCAGUGCAGACGAGGCGAGGGAAUGGGGAAUGGUCAAUGCCGUUACCGACGACGCUCCAGUCAAUGCGGAGAUUCUAGAUAGGCCUGUGGUUAAAACGGCACUGGAUUAUGCGGAGCAGAUCUGUGCCAACAGUCCGGACAGCGUCAUUAUCAGCCGUGCCGGCGUGGUCCUGGGCUGGGAGGACGGUUCAGCUGAGCAUGGAUCGUCGGCUCUUGUGGAGAUUUUUGGGAAGAGACUCAACGAGGGAGAGAACAUCCGCGAAGGUGUCAGAGCUUUUGUGGAGAAACGAGCUCCGCGAUGGGUGGGCAGUAAGUUGUAA